CUAAGCACAAUAAGAGCGGCCAUCUUUACCAGCAGCAACAACUGCUACUCCAGUAAAGAAAGAAAAUAAAUGCCCUGUCGCAAUUCUGUUGUAUUCUACAUGUGUCAUCAAAGGAAACACGUUUAAAUUGGGAGCCAAACAAGCGGCACCAUGACCUAGUGAGCUUUGUAAGGAGCGCUGUGGCUCAAAGCAUCCUCUCUUUUGACAGAGUGUAGUCAUCUGUACCGCUGUGGUAGGUUCCCUCGGAGAGACCCUUGCCUCUCCCCCUGAGAAAAUAUGGAGCCCCAGGAGAGUUUGGGAGUGGAAGGUGACUCGGGCGCACUGGGCGGGCUGGUGCCAAGCCCACGGAGCGAAGCAGUGACCCAUGACUUGGAGGAAUUGUCUCUGCAGCCCACUCAGAGUCUUCCACCCAUUAAAGAGCGCAAGAACGUGCUUCAGUUAAGACUACAGCAGAGGCGCACACGCGAGCAGCUCGCAGACCAGGGCAUCAUGCCACCGCUGAAGACACCUGCAGCUUUUCACGGGCAGGUCAGAAGUCUGGAGAGGGCAAGAACCGAGAACUUCCUGAAGCAUAAAAUCCACAGGAGACCUGACCGCGCUGAACUUGUUCGUAUGCACAUUUUACAAGAAACCCACGCAGAGGCUUCUUUGCAAGCCACUCAGAUGAAACUAAAGAGGGCGCGUCUAGCAGAUGACCUCAAUGAGAAGAUUGCACAGAGGCCUGGACCAAUGGAACUGGUGGAGAAGAACAUUCUGCCUGUUGACGUUGUUGGAGGACUGGAUGUUUAUAACUUCAAUGAGGACAGCAGUGAAGCCCUGUCUCCAGAGCAGCCAGCUAGUCAUGAGUCUCAAGGCUCUGUAUCUUCUCCUGUAGAAGCCAGACUGCCUGAACCAUCCUCUGUUUCACCUCCAACUGGCUCCAAACUCCAGAGUCCAGACUUCCUGAACAGAACAUCAGUAGAAGAUGGCCGAGUAAUGAUUUCAACUCAGACAGUCACUGCUGCUGCUCCCACAAAGCCUGGACCCACCCUUGUGAAGCAAAGCCAGCCCAAACAGUCCAGUGACAAGAGCCGAAGCAAGAGGAGUAAAGAACCUAAACCACGAAUUAAGAAGCUCAAGUAUCACCAGUACAUCCCACCCGACCAGAAGCAGGAACCCAGUGAAGCCCCGAUGGACUCGACAUAUGCCAAGCUGCUUCAGCAACAGCAGCAGUUCCUGCAACUCCAGAUCCUCAAUCAGCAGCAACAGCAUUACAGUUACCAGGCCAUAUUACCAGCACCUCUCAAACCAGUAGCUGAGAGUCAAAACAGCUGCCCCAACAUCACAUUGAGCACCAGCCCGAGUCUUCCCGCUCCCAUUGUGAUAUCUCUGCCCAAUGCGGCUCCUUCACGUCCCAAUAACACCAUGACCGGUCGUAAAACCGGUGCUCUGCCUACCAACCUAGAUGAGAUGAAGGUGGCUGAGCUUAAGAUGGAGUUGAAAUUGCGAGGACUUCCUGUAUCCGGCACCAAAACCGAUCUCAUAGAAAGGCUUAAGGCCCACCAGGGGAGCUCUCAAUCUUCUACAACCAUGGAUACGAACAUCUCCAAAGCUUCUCUGCAGCCUGACAGCAUGAGCACAACUCCACCCGUUUCUCCUGAGGCCUCCAACCUCAGUAUGGAGGACAGCAGAGACAGUCCCACCAAAGCUUUAUUUACAUUGUCUCCAGCCCGUCCACCAACAGGCACCUCACCCCACAAACCCACACCUGAAGACAUGACCAUGGACAUCAAGGCCUCCAAAAAAGACCAGCGCCUUCAUGAGAAGGAGCGCCAGAUUGAGGAACUCAUGCGUAAGCUGGAGCAGGAGCAGCGGCUGGUGGAGGAGCUGAAGAUGCAGCUGGAGGUGGAGAAGAGGAGUCAGCAGGGCGGAGGGCAGCAGCCUGAACUCAAUCCAUCAGUCCAGGUCAAAGAAGAGAACGGAGCCUCCCCGAGCUGCAACUCCAAGCAGAGUCCCCUUCUGCAAACUACUGGUGUGAAACAGGAAGAGCCACAUGCCCAGCGGCACCACACCCAAGUCCAGCAGUUCUAUAUCAACACCCAGCAAGUCCCUCAAGUGCUGCAUCAGCAGACACUGAUCAACACUCAGCCUGCCGCACAAAUCCUGCUGCCCAUCAGCAUGCCCAACAAUCCCAUCAGCACACAGGCACAGACCGUUCUCCAACAUACAAUGCCCAAUUUGGCUCAAAGCAUGAUACAAACACCACUUCUGCAAACACAGACGUCCAACAACACAAUGUUACAACAGCAUUCAAAUCAGACGGCAUCUCCACCUCAAGCUUUAUCCCUGUGUGGAAGCUCAUCUUCUGGGUUUGAGUACAGACAGAACCAGAGCCAGCCCAUAUCAGAAAUGCCCCAGUGCUUCCUCAACAACUCCCCCAGACACACAAAUGGACCUAGUAACAAACCUCCCUCACCCUGUCAGCUCAACUAUAUCCUUCAUCCAUCGAAUCACCGCAGCCCAAAGAGCAAAGACCCACCCCGCUACGAGGAGGCUGUCAAACAGACCAGAGGUCUACAAGCCACAAUGGAGGUUCCUACUGCUACCAGUCAGCACAUGGACGAUUUGUUUGACGUUUUGAUCGAGAGUGGCGAAAUAUCCCCUCUAUCCAGGCAGGAUCCUUCUCUGGACAAAUUUCUUCCAGUGACGGCAAACAUCACCACCCUGCCAAUCAACACAGUGCUGUCUCGUCCUCCACCGCAGAUACACGUUGCCCGCACGCCCAACCAAACCCAAGCGCCUCCACCCAACAUGGUAGCCCUGGCCUCUGAUAACCAGUUGGAGGCUCUGCUGGAGGACGCUGAGCCACGGACCCUGAGACUGAUGGAGGAGUUUAAAAACCAGCUGCUGGAGAGGUCUCACUCCCCAAUGGACACUUCGGAUCUGACCUUCACUGACACGCCGCCUUCUGCCCUCCCACUGCAAGACACAGGCCUCGACAACAUGGAGUGGUUGGACCUUACGAUUCCAGGUCCUGCUGGUAUCUCCUCUACUGCAGUCUUUUCCUCUGAUUUCUUGGACUCCACUGAUUUACAGUUACACUGGGACUGAGCUCUCCAAGGGAUGGAGAUUGGAGACGUUCUGAAAAGAUUUGCGGAUGGUUCCAAGGAUCCGUGUGCAGACCACUGAUAGCGUAGCAUCAGCUUUUCUCAGUUGCAUCUAUACGAGCAGGUUUGUGUGCUGUUAUUGUCACCAACACCUCUUUCAAAGCAGAAGAAUGUAGAGACACUUUUUCCACCUGUAUAUUUAGGCAGUGAGCUUCUGCUUUUCAUAUUUUGAAGCAGUCUUUGAAACUGCUGGCUUAUAUCAUAGAGAAUGUUAGAAUGUUGUUUUUUGUUAGAUUCUGAUAAGUAUAAUUUCUUACAGAACAUAUUUUAAAUGUAUCAUUAUAUUUUUGGGAAAGCAAGGAUUAGAAGUACAAUCAUAGUGCCUUGUCCAGAAACUCUUUUAGAGUUAAAGGGAUAGUAAGUUCAAAAAGUAUUGCCCUCAUUCCAAGCUCGUGUCUUUCUUUCUUUCUGAACUCAAAAGAAAAUGUUUUAAAUCUUGUUCAGCUGGGUUAUUUUUUUCCAUUGGGAUCCAAAACUUUCAAACUCCAAAAAGGCCAUAAGGUAGCAUGAAAUGAAUCCACAACACUUGACUGGUAUAUUCAAAGCUUUCUUAAGCAGCACAAUUGCAUUUUAUGAUAAACAGAUCAAACUUUAUUUACUCAGUCUUUAACUCUCAAACCACACCAGAACAUCAAUCAGUGCAAACAAGAGACGAAGUUAAAUUUGCCUUCAAGAACUUUUUUAGUAAGAUGCUUCACUCAAAUAUGUCACUUGCAUUUAAUUAACUUUAAAUGUCACAUCUCACUGAAUGUUGCAUGUCAUGUGCCCAACCAAAAUUAAGGCUUAAAAACUGCACAUCAUAAAAAAUUAUUUAUAUGGAUUUAUUUCAUGCUACUUAUAUGUCCGUAUUGAAGAUCAAAAGUUUUGGACCCCAUUAACCAGCUGAAAUGUUCUACGAAAUAUCCUUUUUGUGUGUUGCUGAAGAAAAAAAAAAAGCCAUUUGAGUUUGGAACCGCUUAAUGACAGACUUGUAAAUUUGGGGUGAACUAUCCUUUUAACUACAGAGUUAGCAAAUGUCAGACUUUUGUGUUUGAAACAUUGUGCCAUGGUAAUUGUUACAAAUGUGAUGUUUAGUGGCUCAUUCAACUGCCAUGGUCAAUGAGCUGUUAACUGUUGCAUUAGGGUACUCAAAAUUGUGGCAGCUAAAUAAUAACAUUCAAUUCCUAAACAUUCAAAAUCAUCCAGUAUAUGACUGGGAAAGGUCAGACAGAGGUUGUUUACCAAACCCAGCAUGGGGCCAAAGAGAGGGAGGGAGAGAGGCACACAAACGCCUGACCAGGGGCCAUACUUAUCCCUAUCAAAAGAGUAGAUAGAGUGGACAGGGUUCAGCUCUUACAGUCUGAACUGACACUGUGUGUCUUGACCAGGGAAACAAGGCUAAACAUGACCAGUGAAAUUUUCCUAUUCAGAUCAGAAUGACAUCAGAGAGCGGCUGCAUUUGGAUUGGCCAGGCUCUUUAGUACAGCACAGAUGUGUUUUUUGGAUGUAGAUUAACUGAAAUUCAGUGAAAUUUCACUGCUUCUUUCUUCAUAACCACUGAAAUAUAGGUAGCUGGCAGCAUUUGUUAAUGUACCUAAACCUCAUCUUCUCAGUUAUUUGUAAGAAUAAAUGAGAUUUUGGUUUUAGAUUGUAAUUUUUUUUCUAUAAAAUGUGACAAUGUAGCGUCAUCUGCUGGAACAGUUUGAAACAGACGGCUGAAUGAUUUCUCAUCACCGCUCCCUUCAGAUGUUUUUUCUUCAGUGUUUGGCAGAUGUAAUCGCAGGUUUCUCUUUAGACACUCUGUGGAAAUAUGCCAAACAUGCCAAAUAGUGCACUUACUUGACCUUGGACUGAACUCAUUGACAAUCAGUUCCUUAUCCAAGCAUGUUGUCAAAAUGAAAGAAUGGAUUUCUAUGUUUAGAAAUGUAAAUUUGCGAUUUCUAAAGGGAUACCAUAGUUCUGUCUCUAUCAGAGACCCAAAGCUUUUAAUUUUGUAAACGCACCAUUUUACUGCAUUUAUGCAGUUUUCAUAUAUAUUUUUAACAUAUUUUAUGACUCUACAUGUAUUUUUCUGUGUAAAAAAUGGCCCGCGGUGGAGUAAAAUCCUGUAAGACUUUAAAUGAACCUGUAAAGACUAUAAGGGUUUGUGUACCCUUUUUUCAAUGUCCAUCAAGAGUAGUUGCUCUGUUAUGAAGAGGAAAAAAUAUAUCAAAUCUUACUGACCUUUUGAAGUGCGAUGUAGAUUGUAUGCCUCAUUUUGCACAGUGUAUAUAUUUUUACAAUUUACAUUUUAUACAAAUGUAUUUGUGCAACUGUAAAUAAUGUUUUUGAGGUUAUCUUUGUACAUAUCUUUAUUGUAUAUACAGCCUUUUAUCAUUAAAAUGUUCCAUUUAA